UGGUAUAUAGAAUAAUGAAACUAACGUUACAAUGUUUGUCACUCUUUAUACACAUGCCAGAAGAACUGAGGGGGAAAUUUUGAUAGGAAAUGUCUUGCUCUCAUUUCAACAGACCAGCGUAGUUGCCAAGGCCUUCAGAGAAGGAGCACUAAAUGAUUAUUGCUGGGGGAGUCUGGCUAUGGCCUCCAAUCGUGGCUAAUGACACCGGUACCACUGCCAAGAACACGAGGAGAGAGAAGAUACAAUCAAGCUCACAGCUGCACCAGAGUUGUGAUAGAACAAGUCAACGGACAAUUGAAGUCUAAAUUCCGUUGCCUGAUUGGUGGAGGACUCAACAUGAUUCCUGAACGAGCGAGCGAUGUAAUAACGGCAUGUGCCUGCCUUCAUAACAUAAGCAAGCAGAUGAAGCAGCCAGAGGUUGAACAGGAGAGGGUUGACGACGACGCUGAUGAUGAAGCCAACAACCCCAAUUAAGAGGGGGAUGCCAUGACAGGAAAACAAGUUAGAGAUGACAUCAUUCGUAGUUUUUUUGCAUAAAUCAACUGUCAGUUUGUCAUCCUUUAAAUUGACGUGUACCACACUUUAUCUGUCAUCGGUUUUAAUGCCAAACUUUCGAAGGAAAUGUUCCAAACUUUCGAAG